CUAGCAAUCACCAAAGAGCUAGCUUUUAGCUUGUUACAGAAACACUAAAAUGGCGAUUCACUCCUGCUCUACUGUUUCCAUUGUCAUUUCUUGCUAUUUCCUGUGCUUCUUCAGCCCCAUCACUUGCUUAUCAAAUGUGGGUGACCAACUUGCAUUAAUGUCCAUCAAAAACUCCAUACUGCAAGACCCUUUCCAAAUCUUGAAUUCCUGGAAUGAUUCCCUGCAUUUCUGUGAUUGGUACGGUGUUUCUUGCGGCCGACGUCAUCCUGACAGAGUGGUGGCUUUGAGUCUCAACUCAAAAGCCUUGGUGGGCACGCUAUCGCCGCAUAUCGGAAAUCUUUCAUUUCUCAGGUUUAUUGAUUUCCAAAACAACAGCUUCCAUAGCGAAAUCCCCAAAGAAAUCGGGGGUUUGAAUCGAUUGCGGUUUUUAAAACUAAGCAACAAUUCAUUUAGUGGAGAUAUACCUGCCAGCUUGUCAAAUUGCUCGAAUCUUGUUUAUCUCGAUCUCAUCGAUAACAAGCUUAUCGGAGAAAUUCCUGACGAGCUGGGUCGUUUACGAAAGGUUAGAUCUUUAGGAUUGGCUAAAAAUGAUCUUACAGGAGUGGUUCCUUCUUCUCUUGGGAAUCUUUCAUCUCUUGUGGAAUUAUCAUUGCUGAGAAAUGGGCUGAAAGGGCGGAUUCCUGACGGGUUUUCUCAGCUUACGAGCUUACGACUUCUGUCACUUGCUGAAAACAGGCUAACAGGUAAGAUUCCUGACAGCUUUUAUAAUAUUUCCAAUCUUGAAGUGAUUGAAAUAGACAUCAACAAACUCAAUGGCAGCAUUCGAUCCGAUAUAGGCCUUGCAUUUCCCAAGCUGAGAUCACUCAUUUUCGCAUUUAACAUGUUUACAGGGAAAAUCCCAAUUUCACUGUCUAAUGCUACUGAACUUGAACAAAUAGCCUUUCCAACUAACAAUCUUUCAGGGAUAAUUCCAAAAGAUCUUGGAAUGCUACCGAAUCUUCGAUAUUUAGAUUUCUCUUAUAAUCAGAUACAGGAUGACUCCAGUUUCAUCACUUCUUUAACUAAUUGCUCCAGUUUACAAGUUGUUGCUGUAACUACAAAUCAUUUAAGCGGGUCCUUGCCGGAAUCCAUAUCCAAUCUGUCUGUGAACAUGUGGGCUUUAGUUCUGUCAGAAAAUCAGUUUCGUGGUAGCAUUCCUGAUGGCAUUGAAAAUCUUUAUAAUUUGAGAUUCUUGCAGCUGGAAAGGAAUCGCCUGACCGGCCCUAUUGGGAUUAACUUCCACAAAUUUCAACAAAUCGAAGUGUUAGCUCUUCACGCGAACAACUUCAUAGGAAUUAUCCCAUCAGAAAUCGGUAAUUUAACUUCGCUAAGUCGUCUUACUAUGGGGUUCAAUGAUUUAAACGGAAGCAUACCUCCAAGCCUUGGAAAAUGUUUCAACUUGAUCGAGUUGGAUCUCUCGCAUAACAAUCUCGGAGGUUCAAUACCACAAGAAGUUGUCAGGAUUUCUUCGCUUUCAAUUUCCUUGAGUUUUGCUGGUAAUGCUCUAACUGGUCCAAUUCCAGAAGAAAUUGGUUUCUUGCAGAACUUGGUAGAGCUGGAUCUGUCAGACAAUAAGCUAUCAGGUAAAAUUCCAGAUUCUGUCAGAAAAUGUUUAAGCUUGAAACGGCUUUCCUUAGAGGGUAAUUUAUUUCAUGGAGAAAUUCCUGAACCAUUCAGUGCAUUAAAGGGUUUACAAAAACUAGACAUUUCAAAGAAUAAUUUCUCGGGACGAAUUCUGGAAUCUUUAGUAGAUCUUUUUUUUGAUGAAUCUUUUUUAGUAGAUCUUAAUGGGCUGAUAUAUUUGAAUUUGUCUUUUAACAAGCUUCAAGGAGAAGUUCCAAAGCAUGGAAUCUUUCUAAAUGCAAGUGCUGUUUCAUUGUUGGGGAACAUUAAUCUCUGUGGAGGAAUCACAGCAUUGAAUCUUCCGUCUUGCCUGUCGCCAAAUUCCAGGAAGAAAGAUCUCUCUUCUGCUCUGAAAAUAACAAUUCCUGCUGUCUCAGGAAUUGUAUGUGUAGCUUUAUUGUUCUUUUUCCUAAUUUUACGUCACAGGAAAAGACUUUCGGCAAAGGAAAACGAUCAUACGCCAACUUUCGAACACCCCUUUCUAAGAAUUUCAUAUGCACAACUCUUCAAAGCAACAAACGGAUUCUCUACAGCCAAUAUAAUCGGAAACGGAAGCUACGGAGCAGUCUAUAAGGGAUUUCUUGAUCAAAUAGGCAAACAAAUAGCUGUAAAAGUAUUAAACCUGCAAAAACGCGGAGCUUCAAAUAGUUUCAUAUCAGAAUGCCAAGCUCUUAAAAACAUAAGACAUAGAAAUGUGCUGAAAUUACUAAGUGCUUGCUCUAGUGUAGAUUUUCAUGCCAAUGAUUUCAAAGCUUUAGUAUAUGAAUUCAUGGAAAAUGGAAGCUUAGAGAAAUGGCUGCAUGAACAAACUGAAUCAAGGAAUCUGAAACUGAUACAAAGAUUAAACAUUGGUAUUGAUAUUGGUUCAGCUUUAGAGUAUCUUCAUAAUGGGAGCUCAUUAAGAGUAAUACAUGGUGAUUUAAAGCCAAGCAAUGUGCUUUUGGAUGAUGAAUUGAGUGCUCAUAUCGGGGAUUUUGGAGUGGCUAAGAUUGUUUCUUCAGUUUCUGGGGAUAAUCAAAUGCAUGGAAGUAGUUCUAUUGGAGUUAGAGGAUCUAUUGGCUAUGUUCCUCCAGAGUAUGGUAUGGGAGAUACGGUAUCUAUAGAAGGAGAUGCUUAUAGCUAUGGAAUUUUGUUACUUGAAAUGUUUACAGCAAAGAAACCAAGUGAUGAAUCCUUUAAGGAUGGUUUAAACAUUCAUAAUUUUGUUGAGUCAUUUUUGCCUGAUAGAGUGAUGGAAAUUGUGGAUUUAAGCAUCUUAACAGAGACUGGAAUACGAAAUUACAAAGACUGUUUAACCUCUGUGUUAAGAAUUGGAGUAGCUUGUUCAAUGGAUUUGCCUGCUGAAAGAAUGAAGAUGAUUGAUGUCAUUAAUGAGUUGCAAAAGAUCAAGCCAAAGCAUGUGGAGAGGAGAAGGCUAUAG